CGAUGACCUUUUACCUCAUGCCACCGGAAGUGUUUCUGCUGCAAUCGAAACGCACGGCGAGCGGUGCGGCAGCGUUGUCUUGUCAUUAUCGGAGGUGACGGGCCGGUAGAAGGAUGGCGGAUGUCACUGCACGUAGCUUGCAGUACGAAUACAAAGCGAACUCCAACUUGGUGCUGCAAGCCGAUCGUUCGCUGAUCGAUCGCACCAGACGCGAUGAGCCCACGGGCGAGGUGCUGUCUCUGGUGGGGAAACUGGAAGGUACCAAAAUGGGGGACAGGUCGCAGAGAACCAGGCCGCAGAUGCUGGAGGAGAGACGUGCCAAGAGAAGGAAGAGAGACGAGGACCGACAUGAUAUCAACAAGAUGAAAGGCUUCACAUUGCUGUCUGAAGGCAUUGACGAGAUGGUGGGCAUUGUGUACAAGCCGAAGACCAAGGAGACCCGUGAGACAUACGAGGUUCUGCUGAGCUUCAUCCAGGCUGCGCUGGGAGACCAGCCCCGGGACAUCCUGUGUGGUGCAGCGGACGAGGUCCUGGCCGUACUGAAGAACGAGAAGAUGCGGGACAAGGAGAGGCGGCGAGAGGUGGAACAGCUGCUGGGUCCAGCGGAUGACACACGUUACCACGUGCUGGUGAACUUGGGCAAGAAGAUCUCAGACUAUGGUGGAGACAAGGAACUUCAGAACAUGGAUGACAACAUCGAUGAAACGUACGGAGUAAAUGUGCAGUUUGAGUCUGACGAAGAGGAGGGAGAUGAGGACCAGUUUGGUGAAGUCCGGGAUGAAGGGUCCGAUGAAGACAGCGAGGGUGUGGAAGCGGAUAUUGGCUUGACCCUCACAGCAAAUCUUGGAGCAGCAGGGGAUGUGAUGUCGGCCAAGAAGAAGGACUUGCACCCCCGCGACAUUGACGCUUUCUGGCUGCAGCGUCAGCUCAGCCGUUUCUAUGACGAUGCCAUCGUGUCCCAGAAGAAAGCUGAUGAGGUGUUGGAGAUCCUCAAGACGGCCAGUGACGACAGGGAGUGCGAGAACCAGCUGGUCCUGCUGCUGGGCUUCAACACCUUCGACUUCAUCAAAGUCCUGCGUCAGCACCGGCGCAUGAUCCUCUACUGCACCAUGCUGGCCAGUGCUCAGAGUGAGGCGGAGAAAAAGCGGAUCACGGAGAAGAUGGAGGGUGAUCAGGAUCUCUCCAAGGUUCUGUACCAGCUGCAGGAGACAGAGAAGGAGGACAUCAUUCGGGAGGAGCGCUCGCGUCGGGAGAGGGUCCGCAAGUCCCGUGUGGACAAUGACCUGGAGGCCAUGGAUCUGGACGCUGGGGAGUCCCUGGCCCCACGGCAGCUGCUGGACCUGGAGGAUCUCACUUUCAGCCAGGGCAGCCACUUCAUGGCCAACAAGCGGUGUCAGCUCCCCGACGGCUCCUUCCGGAAGCAGCGCAAAGGCUACGAAGAGGUGCAUGUCCCAGCCCUGAAGCCCAAGCCCUUCGCGGAGGAUGAGGUUCUGGUGGGCACCGAGAAGCUGCCCAAGUACGCCCAGGCCGCAUUCGAGGGCUUCAAGAACCUGAACCGCAUCCAGAGUAAGCUCUUCAAGGCUGCCAUGGAUACCGACGAGAACCUACUGGUCUGCGCCCCUACGGGGGCUGGUAAAACCAAUGUAGCCCUAAUGGCCAUGCUGCGGGAGAUCGGCAAGCACAUCAACAUAGACGGCACCAUCAACGUGGAUGACUUUAAGAUCAUUUACAUCGCGCCCAUGCGGUCCCUGGUGCAGGAGAUGGUGGGCAGCUUCAGCAAGCGCCUGGCCAGCUACGGCAUCACGGUGGCAGAGCUGACAGGAGACCACCAGCUGUGCAAGGAGGAGAUCAACGCCACCCAGGUCAUCGUCUGCACCCCAGAGAAGUGGGACAUCAUCACCCGCAAGGGUGGGGAGCGAACCUACACCCAGCUGGUCCGCCUCAUCAUCAUUGAUGAGAUCCACCUCCUGCACGAUGACCGAGGCCCGGUACUGGAGUCUCUGGUGGCUCGCACCAUCCGCAACGUGGAGCUCACCCAGGAAGACGUCCGUCUGCUGGGCCUGAGCGCCACUCUGCCCAACUACGACGACGUGGCCACCUGCCUGCGCGUGGAUCCUGCCCGCGGCCUCUUCUACUUUGACAACAGUUUCCGUCCUGUUCCCCUGGAGCAGACCUACGUGGGCAUCACCGAGAAAAAAGCCAUCAAACGCUUCCAGAUCAUGAACGAAAUUGUCUAUGAGAAGAUCAUGGAGCACGCUGGCAAGAACCAGGUCCUAGUGUUCGUCCACUCGAGGAAGGAGACGGGGAAGACGGCACGCGCCAUCCGGGACAUGUGCCUGGAGAAGGACACGCUUGGGCUCUUCCUGCGAGAAGGCUCCGCCUCCACUGAGGUCCUGAGAACUGAGGCGGAGCAGUGCAAGAACCUGGAGCUGAAGGACCUGCUGCCCUAUGGCUUCGCCAUCCAUCAUGCCGGCAUGACCCGCGUGGACCGAACCCUAGUGGAGGACCUGUUUGCUGAUCGCCACAUCCAGGUGCUGGUGUCCACGGCCACCCUGGCCUGGGGUGUGAACCUGCCGGCGCACACGGUCAUCAUCAAGGGCACCCAGGUGUACAGCCCCGAGAAGGGCCGCUGGACUGAGUUGGGUGCCCUGGACAUCCUGCAGAUGCUGGGCCGAGCUGGCCGUCCGCAGUACGACACCAAGGGCGAGGGCAUCCUGAUCACCUCCCACGGCGAGCUGCAGUACUACCUGUCGCUGCUCAACCAGCAGCUGCCCAUCGAGAGCCAGAUGGUGGGGAAGCUUGCGGACAUGCUCAACGCCGAGAUCGUGCUGGGCAACGUGCAGAACGCCAAGGAUGCUGUGAAUUGGCUGGGUUACACCUACCUGUAUGUACGCAUGCUGCGGAACCCCACCCUCUACGGUGUCUCCCACGACGACCGCGCCUUGGACCCCCUGCUGGAGCGCCGACGCCUCGACCUGGUCCACACGGCCGCCUGCCUGCUGGACAAGAACAGCCUCGUCAAGUACGACAAGAGGACCGGCAGCUUUCAGGUGACUGACCUCGGCCGCAUCGCCAGCCACUUCUACGUCACUCAUGACUCCAUCCAUACCUACAACCAGCUACUGAAGCCCACGCUAAGUGAGAUCGAGCUGUUCCGCGUCUUCUCCCUGUCCUCCGAGUUCAGGAACAUCACGGUCCGAGAGGAGGAGAAACUGGAGCUUCAGAAGUUGCUUGAGCGAGUCCCCAUUCCUGUGAAAGAGAGCAUCGAGGAGCCCAGUGCUAAGAUCAAUGUGCUGCUGCAGGCUUACAUCUCUCAGCUGAAGCUGGAAGGCUUCGCCUUGAUGGCCGACAUGGUCUAUGUCACCCAGAGCGCUGGCCGGCUCAUGCGAGCCAUUUUUGAGAUCGUUCUGGCCAGGGGUUGGGCUCAGCUCACUGACAAGACCAUGAACCUCUGCAAGAUGAUUGACAAGAGAAUGUGGUUGUCCAUGUCCCCACUGCGUCAGUUCCGGAAGCUUCCAGAAGAGGUCAUCAAGAAGAUAGAGAAGAAGAACUUCCCCUUUGAGCGCCUGUAUGAUCUCAACCAUAAUGAAAUAGGCGAAUUAAUUCGUAUGCCGAAGAUGGGGAAGACCAUCCACAAGUACGUGCACCAGUUCCCCAAGCUCGACCUGGCUGUCCACCUGCAGCCCAUCACACGGUCAACUCUGAAGGUGGAGCUCACAAUCACACCUGACUUCCAGUGGGAUGACAAGGUGCACGGCUCCUCUGAGGCCUUCUGGAUUCUCGUAGAAGACGUGGACAGCGAAGUGAUUCUUCACCACGAGUACUUCCUGCUGAAGUCCAAGUACGCCCAGGACGAGCACCUGGUCACCUUCUUCGUGCCCGUGUUUGAGCCGCUGCCCCCGCAGUACUUCAUCCGCAUAUCGUCGGACCGCUGGCUGUCCUGUGAGACCCAGCUGCCCGUGUCGUUCCGUCACCUGAUCCUUCCGGAGAAGUACCCGCCACCCACAGAGCUGCUGGACCUGCAGCCCCUCCCCGUCUCCGCCCUUCGAAACUCCGCCUUCGAGAGCUUGUACCAAGACAAGUUCCCCUUCUUUAACCCCAUCCAGACUCAAGUGUUCAAUGCCGUGUACAACAGCGAUGAUAACGUGUUUGUGGGAGCUCCAACCGGCAGCGGGAAAACUAUCUGUGCUGAGUUUGCCAUCUUGAGGAUGCUGCUACACAACGCAGAGGGCCGCUGCGUCUACAUCACCCCCAUGGAGGCGCUGGCCGAGCAGGUGUUUGUGGACUGGCACCAGAAGUUCCAGGACACCCUGAACAAGAAGGUGGUCCUGCUGACGGGGGAGACCAGCACGGACCUAAAGCUACUGGGCAAAGGCGACAUUAUCGUCAGCACGCCUGACAAGUGGGACAUCCUGUCCCGGCGCUGGAAGCAGCGCAAGAACGUGCAGAACGUCAGCCUCUUCGUCGUGGACGAGACCCACCUCAUCGGCGGCGAGAACGGGCCCGUGUUGGAGGUCAUCUGCUCCAGGAUGCGCUACAUCUCCUCCCAGAUCGAGAGGCCCAUCCGUAUCGUGGCUCUCAGCUCCUCGCUCUCCAACGCCAAGGAUGUGGCCCACUGGCUGGGCUGUAGCACCACCGCUACCUUCAACUUCCACCCCAACGUGCGGCCUGUACCUCUGGAGCUCCACAUCCAGGGCUUUAACGUGAGCCACACACAGACCCGGUUGCUGUCCAUGGCAAAGCCCGUUUACCAUUCCAUCAUCCGGCACUCUCCCACCAAGCCGGUGCUGGUAUUCGUGCCGUCGCGCCGACAGACCCGGCUGACUGCCAUCGACAUCCUCACCUUCUGCGCCGCCGACGUCGUCGCUCAGAGGUUCCUCCACUGCACAGAGAAGGACCUGGUUCCCUUCCUGGAGAAGCUGACGGACAACACUCUGAAGGAGACGCUGGCCAACGGCGUGGGGUACCUGCACGAGGGGCUCUCUGCCACCGAGCGCCGCAUCGUGGAACAGCUGUUCAGCUCUGGUGCCGUGCAGGUGGUCGUCGCCUCGCGCUCCCUCUGCUGGGGAACCAACAUCUCCGCCCAUCUGGUCAUCGUCAUGGAUACGCAGUACUACAACGGCAAGAUCCACGCGUAUGUGGACUAUCCCAUCUACGAUGUGCUCCAGAUGGUGGGGAAGGCCAACCGCCCCCUGCAGGAUGACGAGGGUCGGUGCGUCAUCAUGUGCCAGGGAUCCAAGAAGGAUUUCUUCAAGAAAUUCCUGUACGAGCCACUUCCAGUGGAGUCCCACCUCGACCACUGCCUGCACGACCACUUCAAUGCGGAGAUCGUCACCAAGACGGUGGAGAACAAGCAGGAUGCAGUGGACUACCUGACCUGGACCUUCCUGUACCGGCGCAUGACGCAGAACCCAAACUAUUACAACCUGCAAGGCAUGUCUCACCGUCACCUUUCGGACCACCUGUCUGAGCUGGUAGAGAACACACUGCACGACCUGGAACAGUCCAAAUGCAUCAGCAUUGAGGAUGAGAUGGAUGUCGCCCCGCUCAACCUGGGCAUGAUCGCCGCUUACUACUACAUCAACUACACCACCAUUGAACUCUUCAGCAUGUCGCUCAAUGCCAAGACAAAGAUCCGGGGUCUCAUCGAGAUCAUCUCCAAUGCGGCAGAGUACAAGAACAUUCCCAUCAGGCAUCACGAGGAUACGCUGCUUCGACAGCUGGCCCAGAAGGUGCCCCACAAGCUGAACAACCCCAAGUUCAAUGACCCACACGUGAAGACCAACCUGUUGCUGCAGUCCCACCUUUCCCGCAUGCAGCUGAGCGCCGAGCUGCAGUCUGACACCGAGGAGAUCCUCAGCAAGGCGGUACGUCUGAUUCAGGCGUGCGUGGAUGUCCUCUCCAGCAACGGCUGGCUCAGCCCAGCAUUGGCGGCCAUGGAAUUGGCUCAAAUGGUCACCCAGGCCAUGUGGUCCAAGGACUCCUACCUGAAGCAGCUGCCCCACUUCACCUGUGACCAUAUCAAGCGCUGCACCGAUAAGGGGGUGGAGAGCAUCUUCGACAUCAUGGAGAUGGAGGAUGAGGAGCGGAGCGCGCUGCUGCAGCUUUCUGACGCCCAGAUGGCAGACGUGGCGCGAUUCUGCAACCGCUACCCCAACAUCGAGUUGUCUUAUGAGGUGGCGGAUAAGGAGAGCAUCAAGAGUGGAGGUCCGGUCCUGGUACAGGUUCAGCUGGAGAGAGAGGAAGAGGUGACCGGACCGGUCAUUGCGCCGCUGUUCCCACAGAAACGUGAAGAAGGCUGGUGGGUGGUGAUUGGAGACCCCAAAUCCAACAGCUUGAUCUCCAUCAAGAGGCUCACGCUCCAGCAGAAGGCUAAGGUGAAAUUGGACUUUGUUGCCCCAGCAACAGGCAUUCAUAACUACACACUGUACUUCAUGAGUGACGCUUACAUGGGCUGCGACCAGGAGUACAAGUUCAGCGUGGAUGUGAAGGAGGCAGACAGCGAGGGGGACAGUGACUCAGACUAAGCCACCCACCCCACCCCGAGUUUUUAACCAUAAUCUUGCUUGUAUUUGCAUUCAGUAACAGAUUACUGUUCAUUGUCUCUGAAUAAAACUGGUGUCCAUUAGCUAGACGUGGUCUGGUGUGUCACCGCCUGUUUAGAAUAAAUCCUCAGCCUCGCCUCUCCCCUGGAGGAUUAAAGUACUGGGGGUUGAGAACCUUGUUUUUAUGUCAUGAUUCAGUACCGAGAACAUUGCUUGUGCGAAGCGUUUGACGGAGAGUAGAGUAAUCAGCAAGCUUGCAUUGUGGUGACGUCCUUGUAGUGAAAAGCAUUGAAACAUAAUUUUCUUUAAUCCUUUGCUUCUUUUUGGGCAGGAAAAUGUGACGGUCUGAUUUUUUUGUACAGGAUUUUUUGGAAAUAAAGAUAUCAAAUGAAAAGUAUAA